AUGGACCCCUUCCUUCCUUCCUAUGAGGUGGGCCUAAGGGGGCUUCAGCACCCAGGGGGGAAAUACUGGGCUGCCAAAGCCAACGCACAGAGCUCAAUCACUCAGUGGGCGCUCAAUAUAGGAAUCAUUGACGUACUCAGUCCUCAGUUUCCUACUCCAGAGGAUCUUCCUGACCCAGGGACAGAACCUGCGUCCCCUAAAUUGGCAGGCGGAUGCUUCACCACUGAGCCACCUGUGCUCGAUAAAUGCUUGCUUAUUUCCACGUCCCACGAGAAACCGGAGAGAAGAGGCGGUGAAGUAGGAUGCGCGUGGGAAGGUCCUUCUGUUGGCUCCCUUAAUGACAAUACUGUCUGCCCAAGGCCGGGUACCCUCGGGACUCAGGAGGCAGCGCUGGGUAGGGUAACCGCUGGCCGCCCUGACCGCGCUCCAUCUCUGUACCUCUCUGGCAGGUACCUCUACUGCGGAGAGCUGACCGUGCUGCUGGCGCAGGCCAUCCCCCUGCACCAGCUGGCCACCAAGUACCGCGUGGCCUCCUUGCAGCGGGGCGUGGCCGACUAUAUGCGCGCGCACCGUGGCGGCGCGGGCCCGGCGGUGGGCUGGUACCACUACGCGGUGAGCACCGGGGACGAGGCCCUGCGCCAGAGCUGCCUGCAGUUCCUGGCCUGGAACCUGUCGGCCGUGGCGGGGAGCGCCGAGUGGGGCGCCGUGAGCCCUGAGCUGCUGGCGCAGCUGCUGCCGCGCUCGGACCUCGUGCUGCAGGACGAGCUGGAGCUCUUCCAGGCGCUGGAGGCGUGGCUGGGCCGCGCGCGGCCGCCGCCGGCCGUAGCCGAGCGCGCGCUGCGCGCCAUCCGUUACCCCAUGAUCCCUCCGGCUCAACUGUUCCAGCUUCAGGCGCGCUCGGCCGCCCUGGCGCGCCAUGGCCCGGCGGUGGCCGACCUGCUCCUUCAGGCCUACCAGUUCCACGCCGCCUCGCCGCUGCACUACGCCAAGUUUUUCGACGUCAACGGCAGCGCCUUCCUGCCCCGCAACUACCUCGCGCCCGCCUGGGGCGCCCCGUGGGUCAUCAACAACCCUGCCCGCGACGAUCGCAGCACCAGCUUCCAGACGCAGCUGGGCCCAAGCGGCCACGACUCGGGCCGCCGUGUCACCUGGAACGUGCUCUUCUCUCCACGCUGGCUGCCGGUAAGCCUGCGGCCCGUCUACGCGGACGCCACGGGCACCGCGCUGCCCCUCGCACGCCCUGAGGACGGCCGGCCGCGGCUGGUGGUCACGCCGGCCAGCAGCGGCGGCGACGCGGCGGGCGUGAGCUUCCAGAAGACCGUGCUGGUGGGGGCGCGCCACCACGGCCGCCUGCUGGUCCGCCACGCCUACAGCUUCCACCAGAGCAGCGAGGAGGCCGGCGACUUCCUGGCGCACGCCGACCUGCAGCGGCGCAACUCCGAGUACCUGGUGGAGAAUGCCCUGCAUCUCCACCUCAUUGUCAAGCCCGUCUAUCACACCCUCAUCCGGACCCCCAAGUAGCCAACAGGCCGGGGCGGGAAGCUGAGCAUCCCUGAGGCCUCUGGAUCAGGAAAAUAAAGGCCCAGUAGAGAUGGCGCAGAGGGACUGGGAGUGGCAUGGCCA